UCAUGACUGAUAAAUAACUUAAACGUGACACUUUGUCUGUACCUUUUGUAUAAAAAUGAUACAAUUUUGAGAUUUUUACUAAAAUAGUUUUGAGAUAGUAACCUAUUUUAAAGGUCGGAAAAAAACAGCGGAAUAGACAUGUAUAAGGCUAUCUUCUUGGUUUUUGCUUUGCUCCACAUUAGUAAUGCCAUUGUCUGCAGCGAAAAUAAUUGUGCCAUAGUCUACUGUAAUAAUAUCCGGUGUAAGAAAGGCUCCAUGCCAGUAUUCGUAACUUGCAAUUGCAGUAUAACUUGCGAAAAAGUGCUAGAUGUAGGAGAGAAAUGUGAGGACGACUACUACCUAGUGGGAAACAACCCUAGUGGAAACGGGGCAUAUUCCAAUGCUGCAGCAGCUGCUGCUGCUGCCGCUAAUGGUUAUGAAGCAGCUGCCGCAGCAGCAGCAGCAAGUGCUGGAGCAGGUGCAAGUUGUAGUACCAUACCACGAGUAAAUUAUAGUCAUCCACGUUGCGGACCUGGUUUGGUUUGCAGCUAUUCGUACAAAGAUCAAUACCGCAGAUGCCUAAUCAAACCAUAGAAGUCCAAAUACGUGCACAAUAGAUACCUUCAAAGAUGCAUUCAUCAAUUUUUAUAAAGUAUCUCCUCAAAAAAAAUGUGCGUACACCUGAAUAAAGUAAAAAUGUUUAAAAAAA